AUGAAGGACCUGGAGACUGAUAUAGUGGAACUAGAGAGUUUAAGGGAGUCCACAGGAGAUCGAGGACAUAUUGAAGUCCUCAAGAUAAAAAAUGUCUUUGGCCGACCUCAGGGUGCACUGGUCCGGUCCCGAUUCCAGACCAUCACAGAGAUGGACACUCCCUCUAGCUUCUUCUUCGGCCUGGAGAAGAAGAGUGGUGUCUCUCUCUCUCUCUGUCUCUCUACCUGUCUGUCUCUCUGCAGUGACUUCCUGUCUGAGUUGAGCGAUGACUCCGUCCUCUUGCUGCUUAACGAGGCCGUCGGCCAAUUGACCGUCAGCUGUGACUCUUCGGUGGGCGGGGCCUCCAUCAGACUGAUCCUCCUCAUGGCCAGACAGCAGGAGCUCCGGGUCCAGCCCCUCCUCCUCAGCUUCAGAGCUCUGGACAUUCUAUUGGACAAAGACUGGAGGGGGCGGGGCUUUGACCAGGAAGUGGAUCAGCUGAUCGCCCUCAUCCAAUCUGACACAAGGAGGCGUCCACAGGUGUGUACUGAGCGCGUGCGGGCGGCGUGUGUGAUCCAGGCGGUCUGGAGGUCGUAUCAGACCAGACGGAGAAUGAAGAGUCUGAACAGAGCAGUCAGCAUGCUGCAGAGGACAUACCGGUGUCAGAGGAGGAGGAGGCAGCAGCAGCAGCAGCAGAAGGAGGCGCAGCGAUGGGAGGAGGAGUUGAAGUAUCAGGUGUGUGUGAGGCGUCAGCAGGCGAGGAGGGAGUUCCACCAGAAACAGAGAACACUGCUGCAGCUACUUCCUGCUGACCAGGUGCAGCCGUACCUGCAGGAGUGUGAGCGUCAGGCGGCCGUGUUGAUCCAGAGCUUCUGGAGAGGCUUCAGAGAGAGACGACGCUACAACAACAACACACUGAGACACACACACACGAGGCAGCAGGCCGCCAGGACGCUGCAGAGAGCGGUGCGUCGCUUUCUGCAGAGACGACGAGCGACGCUGGUCCCGCCCACCACGUCUUUCUGGAUUGGUCAGAACGGCUUGACGGAGAGCCGGAGGGCAGAGCUGAAGAGACAGGUGGAGGAGCACAUCUCUCGACAUCCUUCGUCCCGCGUGUCCCGUCAGGAGUGCGAGCGUCUCCACGAGGAGGUGCAGCUGCUGCUGCUGUCGGAGCUGGAGAGAGGAGGAGACCGGAGGAGGGAGGAGCAGACGGUGGAGGCUCUGCUGGCUCACACACACACACAGCUGGAGCUGCUCCGAGAUGCCCCGCCCCUCUCCGUCAUCACGACAACAGACGCUGACUCCUUCCUGAGCCCCUCGGGUCCCGUCGCCGCCCGCGCCCGAGACUCCCACAAUGCGGCGCUGCAGGCCAGUAGGCUGCCCUGGUGGAGGACGCUGGGGGACGUGGCCGGCGGGGGCGUCGUUGACACGUUUAGCCCCGCCCGGGUGCUGGAGGCGGAGCUUGGAAGACUGUUUGUAGGGGGACUAAACCUUUAACCUGAAGACUUGUAUACUUUAAAAAGAACAGUUCCUACUAUAUCCAUGUUUUUAUUGCAUUGA